CGCCGAAGAGGCCCCCUCCGUAGCCAUUUUGGCUCAAGACAUGUGGCUCAAGAGUGCUGCUUCGGAGCUUGAGCAUGCAUCUCUGACCUCUCUCUUGCUCUUCGCAAGCGGCAGCUCGUAGAUCGGCGGUUGUUAGGAUAUGGUCCCCGAUGGCGGGAUCUUGCAGAGGGUGCCAAUCAAUUCGGUGCAGCCCGCGGCGCAGGUAGCGGCGGUAAUCUGUCUGGUCUUGCUGUUGGGGAAGGAUCUAUGGAAUCUUCGCGCAGGAUCUGGCUCGUGUGGGUGCGUGGCCAAUUUGAGGGAAUUUGUACGCACGCUCGCAAGAGUUCUCCGCGUCAACUGUGCCAGAGACCAUGAUGCGUCUUCGAAGCGGGCACAAAGCAAACGCAUGGCUAUAGGCCUUCUGGUCUGCCAAUAUGCCAAACUGCCCCUGAUGACCAUUCCCUUUUCGAGGUUGGAUGAUGAAGGGAACUUUUUCUUGUUGCAUUACACAGCUUUCUUCAUAUACGCGUCUUUCGUGUCAAUUGCUCCCAGUCGGCACGGACGUCGGGUACAGCAUGCAGGGUACUCGGUGUUUAUGAUAUCGUAUUGCUUGGGGCUAUCACCGCUAGUGAUUACUUCUGGGUAUAAUCCUGAGUGGUACAUACGGCGGGCGUUGUGGGCUUCGGGGACGUUUACGUGCUAUGGCAUGUUCUUACCCCUCAAUCUUCUUGGGAAUUGUAUGAUCUGGGGGUCCCUUCUACUAACGGCACACGUUCACGGCUCUGGAGCGUGCAACAACGAAGAUACCAUGGGAACUAUUAUGGCAUGUUUUUUAGGCAUUUCCGCGUGGAUAAUUCUGUGUAACGUUAUUUUCAUUCAGGGGGUGUUUGGCGAGAUGCAGACGUUGACAGCCAAGAGCGAGCUAAAGGCUGGCUGGUGGGAUUCUAUUCUCCAGGGCACGUGUGACGCUGUGAUAGUACUAGACCAGGAGCUGAAGGUCACUCAUGGCGAGCAGUCCCUUGCGAACAUGCUGAUGAUGACCCCAUCAAAGGUCCAGGGCGAGAGCGUAUUGACCCUGAUCGCCGAGGAGGAACGCGAAAGAUUUGCCGAGAUGGUGCGUGACGCCCGAUCCAGCGCGAUGCUGGGGCCGUGCACCGCUUUCAACACCUCUCUGAAGGACAGCGCCGCCAUCCCGUGCCGAGCCGAGGCGAUGUGCGUGAAGUACCUGCAGGCCGACGGCGGGAACGAGUCGUUCCUGAUCGGCUUCCGAGAAGCGCCCGAUCUGCCCGCGAUGCCCUUCCCGACAAAGUUUCCGAGCCCCGCCCCGCGGAGCGGGCGCCCUCGCCCCCGGCAGCCGCCCGCCGCGCGGCUCGCCGAGGCCCCGCCGCAGCCCCUGGGCUCUUCCCGGGGCGAGGGCGACCCUGCUGCCGAGGACAGCUUCCCGGAUGGAGCCAGCUCUUCUACUGAUCAGAGCAGCGACAGCGACGGCACACGCACUCGAACAGGAUGUCGGCCACCCGUAGUGUGGUUCGACCCCGGUUCGAUCGAGUUCACGCUGGUCAAGAGCAGCGCCGAGUUCAGGAUGCUCACCGGCUUCACCAAGGAGGAGAUGGCGGACUUGGGAGGUGUUCUGACGUGGGUGCGCAAGGAGCAGAGGGACGCUUUCGCAAAGUGGGUGCGCGACUUCGCCGACAGCAACCAGAACAGGGUGAGCCGACAUUGCGACGCUGUUGCAGGAGUCAAGUUCUGUAUCGAGUGCGAGAAGCACAGGGCCCAGUUCGAGGCGGAGGUGCAUUUGGAGACUGGUUGGUCGGAUGCCGAUUCCAAGACCUUCAAACUUGUGGUCCACGGUUUUCGAGCCAAGGAGAAAACGCAAGGGAAGACCAGGAGAAUUGAAAGGACAAAUGAUGAUUAUUCUGGUUCCGACGGGACUUCAUCGCAUCAGGGCGACAGGAGCGUGCGCGGGCGGCGCGAGCGCGACUUCGUGGUUCGCGACUCACUGCUUGAGGUGAUGUGCGACGUCGGGGAGGGCGAUAAUGAUGAUGACCCAUUGAUGAUCACGAGGUCCAUCAGCCCAGGUCUCCAGUUGCUUCUCGGCACGGCCGAAACAGGGCAGGAUGUGUGCUACCUGUUCUCCACGGCGGAGAAGGACGACGUCGAAACUUGGUUGCACGAUGCGUAUGUCAGGCGGUCAGACGGUGGUGAGACUUCCGCCGCAAGCAGCCUCUGGUGCUUUAUAGCAGUGCCAGCUCUGGAAAUAUUUGGCGUCGGCCUUGAGGUCAAUUUGACAGUUAAGUUCUCACGCGCAGACACCGGCAUGUGCCUGGUUGUGCAGAGGCUGCGCUGGUCGCCCCUCAAGAGGCGGGCCAAGGCCCGCGUGCGCAGUGUGCCGAGGGCCGACGGCACGCCGGCGAGGCUGCUUUCGGCGAGGCUCUCAGCGGCGGGCGACGGCCUGGCGAGCUUGUGAUGUUCGUGAGGGAGCUCGGUCGUCUCGGCUGCGAAAUAAUUAGCCUAGCGAGGCUCGGCGCAGUGGGCUCAUGGUCGCCGUAGUGCGUUUGGGCUUAUGGGUCCUUGACACGCUUUGGAGUCAUCGUUGGCAUAUCUGCCGAAGAACAUACACACACCAUCCUUGCUUUGUGUUGCCGUUCUUCGUGCUGUUUGGAUUCUCCCGAAUUCGCAAUUUGUUUCCAGGUUCUGAUCUACGAUCGUUUGCUCCUGCUGUGUAGCUUGACGAAGGCGCCCAGGGCAGCGGCGGUGCGAUCGACCAGCUUCCAAGCAGUUGCUUACGCGGCGGCGCGAUCGACCCUGUUUUAAGCGAUUUAUCCGGAUAGCGAGCCCUGUUUUAAGCGGCGGCGCGAUCGACCCGCACGGCCGCCGCGCCCGCCACGCAGGGCUCCGCCAGCCGCCCCCCGAUGGCCCGGGGGAGAGACGGCGGCGCCGGGCACUGGCGGCGCCCCAGGGAUGGGAGUUGAUCCUGCCCUGCCACGGCCUGCGGAACGAGAAACUCCGAAUCAGCAUACCCCUCGCCCUGAUUGCAGCGACAUUGCCAAAUCCGAUGAGAAAAAAAAAGACCGCCG